AUGGAUAUGUUUAGAGAAGGAGGAUCUACCACCAGACCUCCCAUGCUUGAAGGGGCUAAUUAUCCGUAUUGGAAAACAAAGAUGAGAGCUUAUCUUAAAUCUAUAGACGAACGGGUUUGGAUGGCUGUUUCAGAGGGUUGGACACCCCCAACUGAGAUUUUUGGAGAUGUUGAUAUUGCUAAGGCUGCAAGCAAGUGGACGACUGAUGAAAUUGAGAAGGCCAACUUUAACUCUAAAGCUCUCAAUGCCAUUUUCAAUGUUGUUUCCACUAAUCAGAUGAAAGUGGUUGCGAAUUGUGAGAUUGCUAAGGAAGCAUGGGAUAAGUUGAAGAUCAAGAAUGAGGGUACUUCUGCUGUCAAGAAGUCAAGACUGAGAUCCUUAGCCAGAGAAUUCAAAAAUCUAACCAUGGAUGAAGAAGAUUCGAUUGCUGAUUUUCAUGCUAAGUUGUGUGAUAUUUCUAAUGAGUCUUAUGCUCUAGGAGAGACUUACUCCAACGAUAAGCUUGUAAGGAAGGUUCUUGGGUCUCUUCCAAGGAGGUUCAAAUCCAAGCUCACAUCUAUUGAGGAAGUGCAUGAUGUUGAAGAUAUAAAUCUGGAUGAACUGAUUGGUUCUCUACAGAAUUAUGAAUUAACCCUCAAAAGAUGGAAUAAGGGAAAGAAAGUGAAAGAUAAGGAAACUGAGAAGACUGGAGGUAGCUUGGCUUUUGUUUUACAAGAAACUCGUGACCAAGAAGGAGAAAUGUUUCAUUCUUUAACAGAAGAGAAAGUUGCUCUCCUCACUAGGAAUUAUGCAAAGUUCUUAAGAAAGAAUAUGAGGAAGAAUACUUUUAACAACAAAGAGAAUAUCUUCAAGAAGAGCUUUCCUACUAAUCAGAAAACGAGUCAGAUUCAAGACAAAAAGAAUAGGGGGAUUCAGUGUAGAGAAUGUGAUGGGUUUGGUCACAUACAGGCUGAAUGUGCUAACACUCAAAAAAAGAAGAAGGCCUUUGUUACAACCUGGAGUGACAGUGAAGAGGAGAAAGAUGGGAGUUUCAAUGAGUUUUCUGAUCAUGAGAAAAAUGUCAUUGCUUUUCUGGCCAAAGAAGAGGCAGUUGAAAAUGAAGCUGGGGAUAAUGAGAGCAGCUGCUUUGAAGCUGACAGUCUUGAUUAG